CUGGUGUCUGCUCACUCUAUUGUCUUCUCCUUCCUCAUCCUCACUCUUCCAGAAAAAUAAGCACAACUUUCCCUUCUCUUCCUCGCUGGAGGCCAUUACAGAAAGAAGAAGAAAUCCAAACUGUGGAAUCCUGUAACCGAACAAAAGUCUCUUCCCUCUCCACUCCUGGCAUUGUCGAUAACUCUUCUGCUUUUUCUGUAUGUUUAUUCUGGGUUUUGUGAGUAGUAGCAAACCAAACCCUAAUACCCUGAAAGACAUUCACAUUUUCUUCCAUUACCAAAGCUAAAAAGUUUCUUUCUUUUUUUCCUUACCGAGUGAUCAGUACUAAUAUUUCUCUCCCCUUUAACACUGAAGAUGCGAAGUUCAAAAACCAUUAUCCUCUUUUUGAUUUUCAUCAAUGUAGUGGCUUUUGUAACCUCCAAAUCCACAAUCGAACCUUGCUCUAACAAUGAUUCUUGUAAUGCUCUUCUUGGCUACACUCUUUAUACAGACCUUAAAGUUUCAGAAGUAGCUUCUCUCUUUCAAAUUGACCCUAUAGCUCUCCUCACAGCCAACUCCAUUGAUAUCUCUUACCCAGAUAUUGAAAAUCAUAUCCUUCCUUCCCAGUAUUUUCUCAAGAUCCCAAUUACCUGUUCCUGCGUUGAUGGAAUACGCAAAUCUGUUUCUACCCACUACAAGACGCGGCCUUCAGAUACUUUGGCUUCUAUUGCAGACUCGAUUUAUUCGGGUUUGGUCUCCGCGGACCAGAUAAAGGAAGCAAAUUCGAUACAGGAUCCUUCAGUGCUGGAUGUGGGACAGAGCCUUGUGGUGCCUUUGCCAUGUACUUGUUUUAACGGGACCGAUAAUUCGUUACCGGCUAUUUAUUUGUCCUAUGUGGUGCUGGAGAUUGAUACUUUGGUUGGGAUUGCUUCUAGGUAUUCCACUACUAUUACUGAUUUGAUGAAUGUUAAUGCUAUGGGGAAUCCAGCUAUCAAGGCCGGUGAUAUACUUGCUGUGCCAUUGCCAGCCUGUGCUUCUAAGUUUCCCAGAUAUGCAUUCGAUUAUGGCCUGAUUGUGCCAAAUGGGAGUUAUGCUAUUACUGCAAGUCACUGUGUGCAAUGCAGCUGUGGACCAGGAAAUCUUGAUUUGUACUGCAUGCCUGCUUCCUUGGCGGUUUCUUGUUCCAGCAUGCAGUGUAAAAAUAGCAAUCUCAUGCUUGGGAAUGUCACGUGGGCACGGAGUAGUGCUGGGUGCAAUGUCACUUCUUGUAGUUAUGGUGGAUAUGUCAACGGCAGCAUUGUGACAACGUUGUCCACAUCACUUCAACCUCGAUGUCCAGGCCCACAGGAAUUUCCUCCCCUGCUAGCCCCACCUACUACAGUGAAUAAGGGUUCAAUAUUUAGUCCAGCUCCUGCUCCUGCUCCCCUAUCAGCUGGUUCUGGUACAACAGUGCCCAAGACUACAGUAUUACCGACAACUGGACUCCCUGGAUUACCCCCUGUAGGCGGUCCAAUGGGAGGCGCAUCGGCUGCUUGCUCCUUGGUGAAUCCAUUAGCUACUUCACUAAUUGCAGUUGUGCUAUACUUGUUUGCUGACUUAAUGAUGUCGAUGUCAUUGUAAUUUUGCCAUGAAUUGCUAGUCUAGAUGGUGAGAUUUUGGUUGGCUUGGUCAUUUUAUGUUGACAGGUCCACUUAUCUUUGUAUGUAACCUUGAUUUAUUUCACUGUGAACUGAUUUUUGGAUGCGGAAUCAUAGUCUAUCAUUGUGCCUAGCUAA